CUAUAGUAAAUCCUGUUGCUGGGCUACAUAAGUGGCAUUUCAAAUACCUAUAGUUUCCAAGACAAAGAUGGCUUUGCAUUUAAACGGUAUCUCCACUCCUCUUUCAUCCGAGAGAGUGACUAGUUUUUCUUAUCCUCGAUUUCCCACCACGGUGAGAACUCGUAAUGCUCUCCCCGCCAGGGUGAAAGCCGUGGCAGAGAGAAGAGAGAGUCUUGAUGACUUGCAAAGGGUGAGCCAUAACCAGCAGAGGCAAUCCCAGCCAAAAAGAAGACCGGAUAUUGCAUCUACAGGACUAUGGAACAGGUUUCCAACUGCGAGGACAGUUCAGCAGAUGAUGGACACAAUGGAGAGGAUGAUGGAGGAUCCUUUUGCUUAUAACAGCGCUUUGCCUCUGGCCUCUGAAGGGGUGAGAAAUGGAUAUGGUAAGGGAAGAACACCUUGGGCAAUAGAGGAGAGGGAAAUGGACUACAAGAUGAGGUUUGACAUGCCCGGUAUGACCAAGAAUGAUGUGAAGGUAUGGGUUGAGGAGAACAUGCUUGUGGUCAAGGCAGAGAAGGUUCCCAACAGCAGAGAUGGUCAAGAGAAUGUCAAUGGAACCGUAUCCGAGGAGGAAGAGUGGCUGGCUAAGAGCUAUGGUAGGUACAGCAGUAGAAUUGCAUUACCAGAUAAGGUUGAGUUUGAGAAGAUCAAGGCAGAGGUCAAAGAUGGGGUUCUGUAUAUUACAGUUCCAAAAGCCAGUGUUGGCAGCAAAAUAAUAGGCAUUGACGUACGGUAGCAUCCUUGUAAAGUUAUGGUAUUAUAUACAACAUAAAGUUUCUUUCUCUGAGCCUAAUCGUAGCUUCUUUUGUGAUAGAAUUUCCAGAAACAAGAAAAAGAAAAUACAGAAGAUAAC